UUAGGCUUAGUAAAAAUUAUUCAGCUCAGCUAUAAUUUGGGCUGUGGUCUUUUUGACAUGGCUUCUUACCCUAUAUUAUAUCAAUCUGCAGCUCUUGUUGACAUUAUACUGUUACCUAAUUAUGGAGCUGACAUGCCCGUUGCUAUCAGCUUUGCCUUUUCUCUUUUUUGUCUUAUUUUCUGCUCUAGAUCUAGCUCAUUCUCAGUCUUGUAGCAAUAAUGGAUCAGUCAGACUCACAACUAAUUCAGGCUACGGAGCAGUUGAGUUGUGUUUCAACGGUACUUGGGGCUCAAUCUGCAGGGAUUUCUGGGACAAUAAUGAUGCAAGUGUGGUCUGCAGCCAGUUGGGAUUCUCACCUUAUGGUGCAAUUGCUUCUCCAGUCUAUCGUUCUUCUACUCUCUCAUCUCAUCACAACUUCAACUUUACUUGCAACGGUACAGAAGACUCCCUACUCAACUGCAGCUAUACUAUACUCAGAGAUUAUUCAUGCCCUUUAAGCAGUGAUGCCAAUGUAUUCUGUCAAUCUAAGAAUGAUGUGGCAGAAUCAAACUGCACUGACGGUGAGGUUCGUCUGAUUGGAGGCUCAAAUGAUUAUGAGGGAAGAGUUGAAGUCUGCAUCAAUAGAGCUUGGGGUAGUAUCUGUGGCUCAAGCUUUGGUACUGCUGAUGCUAAUGUAGUCUGCAGAAGAAUUGGAGCAAUUCCUAAUGGGUUUGCUAGUAGAGUGGGUAGUCUAGGUUUUCCAAGUGGGACAGCAACUUAUCCGUUACUAGGAAGCUUGUAUUGCUUUGGAACGGAGCCCGAUCUCACCAAAUGCAACCAAAAUUAUCUUCACGCUCGAACUUAUUCAUUUUGUCGGUCUCGCUCAAAUGAUGCAGCAGUCCGGUGCGAACCAUUCUGUACUAAUGGUACAGUCAGGAUUAGCAAUAAAGGGGCUGAGUAUGGUAAUGUUGAAGUUUGUAUUGAUAGUACGUGGAGGACGAUUUGUUCCAAUAGUUGGAGCUAUGAAGAGGCAGCUGUGGCGUGUAGGGAACUGGGGUUCUCUAAGUAUGGUGCUGUCCCUGGAAUUGACUAUAGUCGAUGGCCUGUUGGUUUGACUGUGAACUGCACUGGAACUGAGGACAAUAUUUGGGACUGUGCGUAUUCCUUGACUGAUGAAAUACCCAAUAGUUGUUCACGCUUUUCCCCAGCAUCAAUCUAUUGUUAUAACUCAACCAUACCUGAUAAUUGUACAACUGGUGAUGUUAGACUGGUCGGUGGUAAUGCUGUUAAUCAAGGAAUAGUUCAAGUAUGCAUCAAUCAUUACUGGGGGACAACCUGCAGACAAUCCUGGCAUAACAGUGAAACAAUGGUUGCUUGUAAUCAGCUUGGCUUUCAGAGAUAUGGUGGAAUGCAGGUUGAUAGCAGGACUUUUGAACUAGUUACAAGUAGACCAAAUCUCUUCACUAACAUGUAUUGUAAUGGAAGAGAGAACUCUCUCUUUGACUGUAGUAGAAACAUGUUUAUUUCAUCCCUUGUGUCUCGUACAUGUGGUUCAAGAAAUUAUGAUGUUGCAAUAACCUGUGAAGUCCCGUGUACUAGCGGUGACAUAAGAAUUGCGGGUGGACCUACUUCUCUCAUAGGACGUGUUCAAAUAUGUUCCAAUAGGACUUGGGGGACUAUUUGUUCUGACUACUGGGAUACAACAGAUGCCAGGGUAGUCUGUAAACAACUAGGAUAUUCAAAUUAUGGUGCUAUUGCUAUCAGAAAUGCAUUUAGUGACUCGCUAUGGCCUACACACAUUACGGAUUUGAAUUGCAUUGGAGAUGAGGACAGCAUAUGGAACUGCUCUUUCAACAGACAGCCACCAAGAAACUGCUUCUGGGAUGCAUCAGUCUCUUGCCAAUGGAGCAAUAAUACAAAUGUGACCAGUUGCAAAACUGGUGAUAUACGACUUGUUGGUGGUCAGACAAUCUACGAGGGAAGAGUUGAAAUCUGCAUAGAUAGAGUAUGGGGUACCAUAUGUGGGUCUAACUGGGGAAUCCCUGACAGCAACAUAGUCUGCAAACAAUUAGGACAUAUUGGAUUAGGAUCAAUAGCAUACACUACUUCUAAUAAAUUUGGUCGUGGCAUUGGACCCAUUCACUUAACAAAUGUCCGUUGUAGUGGAAGGGAAUCGAACUUGCUUAGCUGCUCACACACUCCUUACAUUAGUCCAUCAUCUUGUACUCAUUUCAAUGAUGUUGGUGUCAAAUGUGAAGCAUCUUGUGAGAAUGGUACCAUUCGUCUAUACAGUAACAGCGAUAGCUACUUUAGGAGAUAUGGCAGAGUACAGAUAUGCAUUAAUAAUGUCUGGGGAACUAUAUGUGAUCAGUCAUGGGAUGAUAAUGAUGCUAGCGUAGUCUGUAGAAUGUUAGGAUAUUCUCCUUAUGGAGCAACUGCAUUGAAUAGAACUUUCACCGAGGGAGUUUGGCCUUUCCAUAUUCGUGAGUUAAACUGCACAGGAAGUGAAGACUCUAUUUGGGAUUGCCCACAUGAUAACAGGCCAAGAUCUAACUGUGGGACAACCAAUGAUGCAGCUAUAGUUUGUGAAUUGUCUACUGCUCAGCCAUCAGACUGUUCUACUGGUGAUUUAAGACUGAGAGGUGGCAGUACACAAUAUGAAGGAAGGAUUGAGAUGUGUUAUAAUGGUCUCUGGGGCUCAGUUUGCUACUCUGGUUUUGGUUACAAUGAACUACUUGUGGUUUGCAAUCAGCUUGGCUAUCAAAGAUUUGCUGUUAGGGCAUCAUCCGCUCAGUUUGGUUCCAGUCGUUUGCCAGUGUUCACUCUAUCUGGUAGAUGUACACGUUCUCAUACUGGCAAUCUUACUAGCUGUGCACAAAAAACCCUGCCUGGUCCUUUUUGCUAUAGGUCCAACGAAGCUAGAGUGAUUUGUAAAGCUCGUUGCACUGAUGGUGAUAUGGAGUAUGAUACCAGCAGUUCUUAUGGUCACGUCCGUGUCUGUAUUAAUGGAACUUGGAGUCUUAUUUGUGCUUCUGGUCUAACUCGUCGUGAUGCUAACUUGAGCAGCGUACUCUGCUCUAGCCUUGGAUUCUCUCAAUAUGGAGCUACAUACAGUACCAGUUACAUUAAUAAUGGGUUUUACUUUUAUUUUGUUUAUGAUGUCAUUUGCAAUGGAAGCGAAAAGAAUGUCUUGGAUUGUCAGAGAGUCCUUUCAAAUGUUAGAAGCUGCUUUCAACCGGUCACAGUAUACUGUCAGAAAGAGGGGAUAGAGGCACCAGUCAACUGCUCUGAUGGUGAUAUAAGAUUGUAUGGAGGAGCUGCACCAAAUGAAGGAACUCUUCAUGUGUGCUCCAGCAAUUCAUGGAAUAGUGUUUGUUACAGCAGAUAUUAUACAGCCAGCACUAACGUUGUAUGUAAAGAGCUUGGAUAUACUCAAUACUAUAAUACGCGUACAAUUCAUAGAUUGACAAACUUCCAGUUUCCAAUUACAGUACAGCAUCGAGAAUGUCGUGGGUCUGAGGAAAGGUUUUCUGACUGUCCUGUUAGAUCUUUAAUCAGUCAUUCAACUCCUUGUGUUGUUGAUGCUGUCAACAUUACCUGCUCAGCACCUUGUGUUAAUGGCUCUGUACGCUUGGCUUAUCCUGAUAAUUAUUACUAUGGCCAAGUACUAGUCUGCAUUGGAGGAGUAUGGGGCUCCAUAUGCAGGAAUGAGUAUUGGAAUCAUGCUGAUGCCAGUGUAUUAUGUAAACAAUUAGGAUUCUCUCCUUAUGGUGCUAUAGCAUUGCCUUCCUCUCAAAAUGGAGAUGCUAAUUAUAUCUCUAUAUUAUCUGGACUCAACUGCACUGGGGAUGAAGCCAGCUUCACUGAUUGCAUAGUGGACAGCAAUGCUCCAGUUUGCUCUAGAUUUAACUAUGCUACAGUUAUAUGCCCUGUUCCAGCUGGUGAAUAUUCAAACUGCACUGAUGGAGAAGUGAUGCUAGUAGGAGGAGACACAGAGUACGAAGGAACGGUACAGAUCUGUCUUAAUCGUGCAUGGGGCACGGUCUAUCCAAAUAGCUGGAAUAUAAACUCUGCUCAAACUGUCUGCAACGUUUUGGGCUACACGGCAAUAGGUGCUUUGCCAACUCGUAAUGCAUUUCAUGGUCGUGGUACCGGCCCUGUCUUGUUUAGCUCUAUAGCUUGCAGUGGACCACAGCAGUCUGUAUUUGACUGUUCUGUAUCACUAAAUACCAUUGGAAGAGAACAUUAUAAUGAUGCUGGAAUUCAAUGUCAACCAUUCUGUAAUAGUGGCGAUGUAAGGAUAAUCCCUGAUAAUUCACGAAUGCCAAACGAAGGUGUUGUUGAAGUGUGCGUUAAUAGGACGUGGGGUACUAUUUGUGAUCGCUCAUGGAACACUACUGCUGCAAAUGUAAUCUGCAGGCAAUUAGGAUACUCUCCUACAGGUGCUAUCAUCAUUAGUAGUAGAUACUAUAAUGAUUAUAAACCAGUUCACAUUGGUGACAUCAACUGCACUGGCUCCGAAGGGAGUUUCACCAAUUGCUUACUGAAUUACACUACUCAAGCUGGUUGUACUGGCUUUUUCAAUGAUGCUAGAAUCAGAUGUGCAGUUCUACCAGAAACUAAUUGUACUGCUGGUAGUGUCAGACUUGUCGGUGGUAACACACCAGAGGAGGGAAGAGUCCAAAUUUGUUUCAACAAUCACUGGGGAGAGAUAUGUCCUUUAUCAUGGACUACACCAGACGCUCUAGUGGUCUGUAGGCAACUUGGCUUGCCAACAGUUGGUGCUUAUUUUACAACUGAAUUUGGGAAAGGAGAUAUACUGACAGUUAAUUUCACCACGGCAUAUGGCUGCCGGGGAAAUGAGCCCUCGCUGUCAAACUGCUCAUUUUCUGUAUCUCCAGCUUGUUCCUUAUUCACUUAUCAUGCAGGAGUCCAUUGUGAAGCUCAUUGCAGCAAUGGAGAUAUAAGGUUGAGAGCUGAUCAUAGAUACGAUAACUUUGGAAGAGUUGAAGUGUGUUUGAAUGGUACAUGGGGGACUGUGUGCACUAAUGGAUUUGAUAGCAAUAGUGCUAGUGUAGUCUGCAAUCAGCUUGGAUAUUCUCCUUAUGGUGCAAUAGCUAUGACUAGAUCAGAGAGUAUACUGCCUCACAAUAUUUAUAAUGUUUCUUGUACUGGAGAUGAGGAGUCAUUAUUAAACUGUACUUAUAGCACAAAACCAGUUGCUGGAUUAACAUGUGGAACUUCCGAUGAUGCAGCUGUUAUAUGUCAAGAUUUAAGUGUUGAAUAUUCAAAUUGUACUGAUAAUGAGAUCCAGUUAGUUAAUGGACCCUCACCUAACGAAGGAACUGUGCAAAUCUGUCAUAAUGGCGCCUGGGGAGUUCUUUGCUAUUACCGGUAUUCAAAUGCGAUAAAUCAGGCUGUGUGUAAUCAGCUAGGAUUUCAGACAGAAGGUAACUUUUUCCUUCUCUUUUUGUUUCAUAAUCUUUUUUAUUAUCUCAUUUAAGGUGCUGUGGCUACUUUUGGAAGAUACAGUAAUGUGCCUAUUCUAUACUCUUCUGUUGCCUGUCAGAGUACUGAUAAGUAUUUAAGUGACUGUA